AUGCCUGGAGCACUUGUUGCCGGAGCUUUUCUAUCUGGCUUCAUCAACGUUGUUUUUGAGAGGCUCAUUUCACGUGAGUUUGUCAAAUUGGUGGUGGGUAAGAAGCUGAACCGACAGUUGGUUGAGAGGCUGCAGACUGCUCUCUUGGCUGCUGAAGCUCUGGUCGCCGACGCGGAGCAGAAACAGUUUGGAAACGAACUUGUGAGGAAAUGGCUUGAUAGUCUCAGGGAUGCUGUCUACACUGCUGAUGACUUGCUGGACCGUGUCUUAAUCAGAGCUGAAAUUCGCAAGAAGGUACGCAUUCGUCUUCCUCGAUUCCUUAAUUUGUAUAAUAGGAAGAUGGCUACUAAGAUAGAAGAUGUGGUAAAAAGAAUAGAAGAUCUUGAGAAACGCAAAGAUACCCUUGGUCUCAAACAGAUUGCAACGGGAAGCUCCUCAUGGCGACCUCCAUCCACUUCUCUUGUGAAGGGGAAUGUGUUCGGCAGGGAUGCUGAUCAACAGGCACUAAUCAAGAUGCUCAAUGACAAUAAUGAUCAUAACUUGUCCGUCAUCUCUAUUGUUGGUAUGGGCGGGGUUGGUAAAACUACUUUAGCACAAUGCCUGUACAACAACAAGGAUUUGAUGGACAGGGUUGAUCUGAAAGCAUGGAUUUGUGUUUCUGAACAUUUUGAUGUUGUUGAAACUACAAAGAAUGUUAUAAAAGGGAUCUCUUCGGGUGUUUGUAGUCUUGACAGCUUUGAUUUACUUCAACAAGAUUUGAAGAAAAAACUGUCAGAAAAGAAGUUCUUCAUUGUUUUGGACGAUGUUUGGAGUGAAGAUGCUGACAAGUGGAAUAGUUUUAUCGUCCCUUUCCAACAUGGAAGAAAAGGAAGCACUAUUCUUCUAACUACCCGCAUGGUAAAUGUUGGUCGAAUAGUCCAACACUAUAACUCUUACACCCUUAAUCAACUGUCAGAUGAUGAUUGUUGGUCUAUUUUUGCGGACAAUGCAUCCUUUCCUGAAUCAAAUGGGAGCUCAGAACUGGAAGGAAUAGGUAGAAAGAUUGUCGAGAGGUGUGAUGGCUUGCCGUUAGCUGCAGAAACACUUGGACGCUUGUUGCGCUCAGAGAGUCGUGUUGAAGAAUGGAAUAAAAUACUAUCGAGUGACAUUUGGGAAUUUCCUUUGACAGACAGUAAGAUCGUUCCUGCGUUGUUAAUAAGUUACUAUCAUCUGCCUGCUCAUUCAAAACGUUGCUUUGUUUAUUGUUCCUUGUAUCCCAAAGAUUAUAAACUUGAUAAAGAUGAAUUAAUCUUGCUGUGGAUGGCUGAAGAUCUUUUACAAUCACCAAGGAGGGGACAGACUCUAGAAGAAGUUGGUUGCGAGUGUUUCGAUGGCUUGGUUUCAAGACUAUUCUUCAAGCAGGUCGAGAACGAGUUCGAGAAGUAUUUUGUGAUGCAUGAUCUCAUGCAUGAAUUGGCAACUUUUCUUGCUGGAGAUCUUUAUUGUAGAUUUGGUGAAAAAAAAGAGAUGAGUAUUCUAACUCGGCAUUUGUCAUACGGUCAUUCAACUUCUGUGAAAACAAGCUCCUCUAGUAAAAGAGAAUCUUUGAGGACAUUAUUGUAUAUCAAUUAUAAAGCUCAUUUCGGGAAAUCACACACAACAUUACCAUGUGACAAAUUGUCAAAGAAUAAAUACUUGAGAGUUUUGUCCUUUGAUACACUCGAUAUAUUUCCUAAUUCAAUUGCUAAAAAAUUGAUCCAAUUGCGCUAUUUGGAUCUCUCUUGGAGUGAUGUUAAGAUAUUGCCCAAGUCAUUAUGCAACUUGUGCAAUCUACAAACUUUAAAGUUAGAAGGAUGUUUAAAGCUGACUAUGUUGCCUAGUAGCCUGGGUGACUUGAUCAACCUACGCUAUUUGGAUCUCUCUUGGACUGCUGUUGAGACAUUGCCCGAGUCAUUGUGCAAUUUGUGUAAUUUACGAACAUUAAAGCUAGAAGAUUGUGCAAACCUGACUAUGCUGCCCAAUGACAUGUAUAAGCUUAUGAAUUUGCGGCAUCUUGAUAUAAGGGGUACUUCCGUGGAGGAAAUGCCAAAAGGAAUGGGCAAAUUAAAACAGUUGCACAUUUUUUUAAGCAAGUUUGUGGUGGGAAAGCAAGAAGACAAUGGAAUGGAAGAGCUAGGAGGGCUUUUAAAUCUUCAAGGAUCACUUGAGAUUGAGAAAUUAGAGAAUGUGGUUGAUGGCAAUGAGGCAAGGAGUGCAAGGAUAAUAGAUAAGAAGCAUAUUGAGGAGUUAUUGUUGAAAUGGUCUGUGUCUUCAGGUGAUGAUAUGGUUUCAAACACACAUACUGAUGAAGAAGAUAUACUUGGGGGCUUGCAACCACACACUGGCUUGAAAAUGUUGAGUGUUGAGGGAUACAAAGGUAAAAUAUUUCCAGACUGGAUGGGGCAUUCCUUGUACCAAAACAUGACAAGUGUAUCUCUCAAGUCUUGCAAGAAUUGCUGCAUGCUGCCUUCACUUGGACAGCUGCCUUCUCUUCAGUCCCUCCGCAUCGAAAGUUUUGAUGAGCUGAAGAGAGUUGGCAAGGAGUUUUACAAGAAUGAAGGCGAUCAACAUUCUUCACCUAUUGCACCGUUUCCCUCACUGGAGCGUUUGCAGUUUCACAACAUGCCAUGUUGGGAGGAGUGGCACUUACCUGAGUCAGAAGCCUUUCCUCAGCUUAAGAGCCUUCAAAUAAGAGAGUGUCGAAUGUUAAAGGGAGAUAUGGUUAAUCAGGUAUUAAUGAGAAUCGUUUCUUCCUCAUCGGAUGUUUCCAAAGUGCACCAACUGGAAAUACGAGAACGUGGUCCAGUAUGGGGUAAAGAGAUGACACUCUAUGGGAAUAGGUUAUCAAUUAGGGGAUUUGAAUCUCUGGUGGAGUGUGCAAGGAUCAUCCAGCAUCUAACUUCCCUCCAAGAAAUAGAAAUCUCAUGGUGUUCAUCUGUUGUAUCCUUGGGGGGCAAUUGUUUACCCAAAUCUUUGCACAAGCUCAAAAUCUUUUAUUGCCACCACAUUGAAUUACCCGAGCAACAACACAAGUAUGAUUUGGUACAUCUACAAAUAGAAUUCAGUUGUGAUUCACUGACAUCAUUGUCGUUGGAUGCCUUUCCCAAACUCAAGAAUAUCGAGAUAAGAGAGUGUUUAAAUCUGGAAUCAGUUUCAAUGUCAGAGCCACCACAUGCUGCUCUUCAACGUCUCAUCAUCUCUGACUGCCCCCAAUUUGUGUCAUUCCCCCAAGAAGGACUGGCUACACCUAACUUGACUCAUCUCGAUGUUAGCUGGUGCUCGAAGUUGGAGGCAUUGCCACGUGGCAUGAAUACUCUUCUCCCAAAUUUACAGUCUCUCAACAUACAAGGUUGCCCAAAUAUUUGCAGAUCGCCAGAGGGUGGUUUGCCGCCUAACCUGAAAGAGCUUAGGGUAGGAGAAUGCGAGGACCUAUCAUGGUUGGGCAACUUGGACAACCUCACUCUUCUCUCCAUCUCAGGUCAUGGCAGUGAGAGCAGAAUAAAGUCAUACCCAGAGGUGGGUUCGCUGCCUCAUCUUCCGUCCCUUACCACUCUGCAUCUCUUCAACUUUAAGAAUCUGGAGACAUUGGAGUGCAACGAGCUUCUCCGCCUCACCUCCCUCCAAAAAUUACACAUUUCAUGGUGUCAUAAGCUGGAGAAUAUUGCAGGAGAAAAGCUGCCUCCCUCUCUCUUGCUACUUCAUAUUGACAACUGUCAUUUGCUGGGCAAACACUGCAAGAACAAGCAUCAACAAAUUUGGUCCAAAAUUUCCCACAUCCCCACCAUUCAAGUCAAUCGCAGACAAAUUCUGAGUAGAGAUUUCUGA